AUGCCUGUGCACGAAGUGUCUCAAGAUGAGUUUGAGCUUUUUAAGGCUGAAAUCUACGGAAGACUGGAAACACUGGCAACGAGGCUUGACAUAGCUACUCCUGGUCCCCCUGCACCCCCUGGUCCCCCUGGACCACCAGGACCCACUGGUCCUCCAGGUUUCCCUGGUUUACCCGGUUCUCCGGGCGAAAAAGGAGAACAAGGAGGAGCAGGCAAAAUAUGGUUGCAAGAAGAGCCUGCUCCCUGGAAAAAUGCAGUUGGCGAUACUGGACAGAGGGGCGAUUACCCUCGUCCCUCUGGAGUACAGAGAGGUACUCCUGUAUUUAUCGGCAGGCCAGGAGUUAUUGAAGGCAGAAAUGGUCCAGAUGACUUCUAUGCACGCAAUCCAGUCGAAACAGCUUAUUCUACUUGGCCCCGACCUCCUGCUCGUCCACAACCUUCUCGGAAUGACAUCUAUGAACCCAAUCCAGUCGGAAGGGGACGAGCUUAUACUGGUGCUCCCGGACCUCCUGGUCCUCCGGGUAAUCCGGGCAAGCAAGGACUCAUUGGCAACCCCGGCGUUCCAGGCGCGAACGGCGAACGAGGACUCCCAGGCUUGCAAGGUCGAAAUGGCAUUCCAGGGCAGAAAGGCGAUCCCGGCAUUCAAGGCGCCCCCGGCUUUGAUGGACUGGAUGGCGAUCCAGGGGAGAUCGGGCAUGCUGGUCCCACAGGUCCUAAAGGAGAACCUGGCUUACAUGGCUAUCCUGGCGAUAAGGGCGAUCCUGGAGAGAAUGGCUCUUUAGGCCCUUCCGGCUUCCCAGGAGUUAAGGGCGAGCCCGGCCUUAUUGGCUAUCCAGGGCCAAAGGGCGAUCCUGGGGAGAUCGGGUAUCCUGGUCCCACAGGUCCUAAAGGAGAGCCUGGCUCAUAUGGCUAUCCUGGCCAGAAGGGCGAUCGCGGCUUGGAUGGCCCCGCUGGUACGAGAGGACUCAAGGGAGAACCCGGCUUCUAUGGCUUUCCAGGCAAUGAGUCUAAGCCCAGCAUUAAGGGCCAAUCAUGGCCAGAAAACAAUCCGUAUCCCGAUCCUAGAUGUCCUGUUUUAAAUAGGUAUCCUAGAAAUGCGUUCGGGUUAUACUAAUGGGAUUAAUUGUGCACUUGCCGAAAUGG